AUUACUGGGGUAACUUCCAACUGACGUACCUCGCUUUGUUCAGCUUUUGUCUAUUAUCCUAACCUACCAGUCUUUCCACUCCCAACCCCGAGAGCAACCUCGGUUGCUAUCUUUGCUUGACUGGAAUACCUUCAACUUUAAAGGUCUUCUCAGAAUUAUAUCCUCCUGUUCAUUCACACCUCGCCCACCAUGUCCUUAACCCCAAUCAUCACCUUCAAAGCGGGUAUCUGUGACCUUGAGUCCGGCAACGUUGUCAAGCCCAAGCCCACCCCCGGAUACAUCUACCUCUACAUCGAAGAUGAAUUGGUACACUUCUGCUGGCGCCCGAGAACUGCCCCUCACACCGAACCUGACUUGGAUUUGGUGAUGGUCCCUUCCGACGGAACCUUCACUCCCUAUAAGCCGGCUGGCAACGCUGCCCCCACCAAUGGUCGCAUUUACGUCCUGAAGUUCUCGUCGAGCUCGCAACGGUACCUGUUUUGGCUGCAAUCCAAGUCGCAGCACGAGGGUGGCAACCCCAGCUGGUUCAGCCCCAGGGAUAUCCGACUGGGUGAGAUUGUCAACACGUUGCUGCAGGGUGAGGAGGUGGACGUCGAAGAAGAGAUUGCCAACCUGCCUCGGGGCCCCUCGAGCGGUGGCGACGACGACGAGACCAUGGAGGAUGUAGAGGGCGUGGAUCACGACCCCAGCCACAACCACGGAGGCAACAGUGGAGGUGCUGGCCCUGAUGCUACCGGGGGCGAUGUCCGGGAAGAGGGCCAAGGAUCGAGGGAGGGCGGUGCUGAUGGUGGAAGAGCAUAUGCUACUGUACGGAGUGCUGACUGGGAGUUUUCCGCCUGUAGGGCCGCUGCUGACUCGGAUCCUUCAUCUGUCGUGCAGAGCUUUCUGCAGUCUCUGGGCGGGGGUGCGCGCCAAUCCCAAGAUCCCGAGCGGCCUUUCACUACUCUGCAAGAUCUCCUUCCUCCGUCAACUACGCUUCCCUUCUUGGCGGCCGCCGACGCCAAGACCGUCGAUCAGCUGCUGGGCUUCUUGCCCCCGUCGCUUCUCCUCCUGGCACAAGAUAUCGACGACGCGGCGGUAGCUGAUCAGGACCCCGAGAUCGCGGAAGCCGCCAUGGGAUCCCUCGACGAGGACCAGAAGAAAGACAUCCUGCGGAAAGUUCUGCACUCGCCUCAGUUCGCCCAGAGCCUCGCAAGUCUGACCGUGGCUAUCCGAGAUGGUGGAUUACCGAGCAUUAGCGAAGCCCUCAAGAUCCCCGUGGAGAAUGGCGGGUUUAUGCGUCGAGGGGGAGUUCCGCUAGGGGGUGGUGAUGCUGUCGAAGCGUUCCUCCAGGGCGUGCGGAACCACGUGAAGGAUGCGACAGCUGAAGGAAACAACCGGAUGGAGACUGAUUAGAUUUUCUAGUUUUAGCCUGUCCAUAGUUACAGUAAAUGUUUUUAUUCGAUGAUGCCUAAAAUUUCCCAGUUAUCUGCCAGCCCUACCGUGUUCAUAUGAGUUAGGGUUAGUGUAUAUUAAAUAUGGAGUCACUGGUGUUGUGAUGUCUUGAGAGUUGAGACAUGCAAAUUAGCGGGUUCUGCAUGGAUGAAACUCGAUGGACGGAGAGUGGAAUCUAUUUUUGGAUGCCCCGGAGGUGUGGUGGGGACCAGCUUUGGUCGCAGGCAGCCAUCGCUUGUUCGGUGUGGCGCGCGUGGUGGCUAUGAUUACUGAGUAUGUACUUUCAGUCAAUUGUGGAAUGUUGAUCUUGACUGAUGGAUGUGAGUGACGUUUGGAAGGAGGUAUGGUACUGAUUAGAGUGCUGGACUGCGU